CUCUGCACAGGCACACACUCCUCAGACAGGAAGGUGAGUGACCCUGGGUCAAGAUGACUGAGCGCUACGACUGCCAUUACUGCAAGGAGUCCCUGUUUGGGAAGAAGUAUGUUCUCAGAGAGGAGAAUCCCUACUGUGUGAAAUGUUAUGAGAGCCUGUAUUCCAACACCUGUGAGGAGUGCAAGAAGCCUAUUGGCUGCAACACCAGGGAUCUGUCCUACAAGGACCGUCACUGGCAUGAGGACUGUUUCAAGUGCUUUCAGUGCAAGCGCUCGCUGGUGGACAAGCCCUUCUCCACCAAGGAUGAACAACUCCUCUGCACUGAGUGCUACUCCAAUGAGUAUUCCUCCAAGUGCCAUGACUGCAAGAAAACCAUUAUGCCAGGCUCCAGGAAGAUGGAGCACAAGGGGAACAGCUGGCAUGAGACGUGCUUUACCUGCCAGAGAUGCCAGCAGCCUAUUGGCACCAAGAGCUUCAUCCCUAAGGACAACCAUAACUUCUGUGUGCCCUGCUAUGAGAAGCAAUUUGCCAUGCAGUGUGUGCACUGCAAGAAGCCCAUCACCACUGGCGGGGUGACCUACCGUGACCAGCCCUGGCACAAGGACUGCUUCCUGUGCACCAGCUGCAAGCAGCAGCUGUCUGGCCAGAGGUUUACCUCUAGAGACGACUUUGCUUAUUGUCUCAACUGCUUCUGCAACCUUUAUGCCAAGAAGUGCGCUUCCUGCACUACCCCUAUUAGCGGCCUUGGAGGCAGCAAGUACAUUUCCUUUGAGGAGCGCCAGUGGCACAAUGACUGCUUCAACUGUAAGAAGUGCUCUGUGUCCCUGGUUGGGCGUGGAUUCCUCACCGAACGUGAUGAUAUCCUGUGCCCUGAGUGUGGCAAGGACAUGUAAUUCAGCCUGAGGGAUGACAGAGACAUCUGAUUGGAUGAUAACUAUGAUCAAGGAAUGAGAAACAUGCAAUAAAUACUAUCUGAGCACAGAGCAUAUCUAUACUACCAAGCAUUACUAUGAAUGUAUAUUGUUUUACGAUAUGAAAUACAAAUUAAUAACAGUGAUAUUUGAAUUCAGAAUGUUUAAGUUAAAUUUUAAUUCUUUGAGAAAAAGUCUUUACUGAAAAAAUAACUGUCAGCACGAAUGUAAAGACAUUUGCUUAUGAAAGAGCAACACGUUUGCAGACACUGUAAGCAUUUUGACAUAAAUCUACAUUAUUAAUGCAGACUUUGACGUGUAAUAAUUACUGCUUUGUGCAUGAAUUAGCUUGAUGCUGAAAUUAGUUUGAGUUUUGUGAAUGAGUUCUACUAUAACUAGACAAAUAUAACAUUCAUAUUGCAACUUCACUCCUAUAAAAGCUAAUUGUAGCUAUGCAUGAAAUUACAUAAAUUUUAGAAAUAUUAAUACAUAAAAAAAAACAUCAU